AUGCAGUGGGUGAAGGUGUUUGGGGGGCUGGUGGGGGCCGCUGCCCUCGUGGGACUGGGGGUCAUCCUGGGCCACUUUGCUGUCCCCAAAGGGGCUGACACACCAGCCUCCCAGGACCUGGAUCUGGAGAUCCUUGAAACUGUCAUGAAGCAGCUGGAUGCCAGUAAGAUCCGAGAGAACCUUAGGGAACUCUCCAGGGAGCCUCACCUGGCCUCCAGCCCCCGGGAUGAGGCACUGGCCCAGCUCCUGCUGCAGCGCUGGCGGGACCCGAACUCAGGCCUGGACUCGGCCGAGGCCCCCAUAUAUGAAGUGUUGCUGUCCUUCCCCAGCCGGGAGCAGCCCAACCGCGUGGCUGUCGUGCAUCCCACUGGGAACGUGCUCUUCUCCUGCCGCCAGAGUGAACAGAACCUGACUGGGGAGCAGGGCGGCCCUGAUGUGGUGCCACCUUAUGCCGCCUAUGCUCCCCCCGGAACCCCACAGGGCCUCCUCGUCUAUGCCAACCGGGGAACGGAAGAAGACUUUAUGACCCUACAGACUCAGGGCAUCAGACUGGAAGGCACCAUUGCGCUCACCCGCUAUGGGGGUACAGGGCGUGGGGCCAAGGCUAUCAACGCGGCCAAGCACGGGGUAGCUGGGGUGCUGGUGUACACGGACCCCGCAGACAUCAAUGAUGGGCUAAGCUCUGCCAGCGAGACCUUCCCCAACUCUUGGCGCCUGCCUCCCUCAGGCGUGGAGCGAGGCUCCUACUAUGAGUAUUUUGGGGAUCCUCUGACCCCCUACCUUCCGGCCAACCCUUCUUCCUUCCGCCUGGACCCCACUACUGUCUCUGGAUUUCCUCCCAUUCCUACUCAGCCCAUUGGCUUUGAGGAUGCAAAAGUCCUCCUCUGUAACCUCCAGGGGACCCUGGCCCCAGCUGCCUGGCAGGGAGCACUGGGCUGCGACUACAGGCUGGGGCCUGGCUUCCGACCUGGUGGCGACUUCCCAGCAGACAGCCAGGUGAACGUGAGCGUCCACAACCGCCUGGAGCUGCGGAACUCCUCCAACGUCCUGGGCAUCAUCCGCGGGGCGGUGGAGCCAGACCGCUAUGUGCUGUACGGAAACCACCGGGACAGCUGGGUGCACGGGGCCGUGGACCCCAGCAGUGGCACUGCUGUCCUCCUGGAGCUCUCCCGAGUCCUGGGGACCCUGCUGAAGAAGGGAACCUGGAGACCCCGCAGAUCAAUAGUGUUUGCAAGCUGGGGGGCAGAGGAGUUUGGCCUCAUUGGCUCCACGGAAUUCACCGAGGAAUUCUUCAGCAAGCUGCAGGAGCGCACCGUGGCCUACAUCAACGUGGACAUCUCCGUGUUUGCCAAUGCCACCUUGAGGGCUCAGGGAACGCCCCCUGUCCAGAGCGUCAUCUUCUCCGCGGCCAAACAGAUCCCCGCUCCAGGCCCCGAAGGCCUCAGCAUCUACGACAACUGGAUCCGGUAUUUCAACCGUAGCAGCCCUGCAUAUGGCCUGGUCCCCAGCCUGGGCUCUCUGGGUGCCGGCAGCGACUAUGCACCCUUCAUUCACUUCCUGGGCAUCUCCUCCAUGGACAUCGCCUACACCUAUGACCGGAGCAAGACCUCGGCCAGGAUCUACCCCACCUACCACACAGCCUUCGACACCUUUGGUUACGUAGACAAAUUUGUGGACCCUGGCUUCAGCAGCCAUCAGGCCGUGGCCCGGACUGCAGGGAGUGUGCUUCUGAGGCUCAGUGACAGCCUCUUCCUGCCUCUGAAUGUCAGUGACUACGGGGAGACCCUCCGAGGUUUUCUGCAGGCUGCCCAGCGCGACCUUGGGGUCCUGUUGGAGCAGCACAGCAUCAGCCUGGGGCCUCUGGUGACUGCAGUGGAGAAGUUUGAGGGGGCAGCCGCGGCCUUGACCCAGCACCUAGCAGCGCUGCGGAAGGACACCCCUGACCCCCUGCAGGUCCGGAUGCUCAACGACCAGCUGAUGCUGUUGGAACGGACCUUCCUAAACCCCCGGGCCUUCCCAGAGGAACGCUACUACAGCCACGUGCUCUGGGCACCCCGCACCGGCUCCGUAGCCACGUUCCCAGGACUGGCCAAUGCCUGCUCCAGGGCCAUGAACAUGAGCCCAGGAUCUGCAGCCUGGGCUGAAGUCCAGAGGCAGCUCAGCAUCUUGGUGGUGGCCCUGGAGGGCGCCGCUGCCACCCUGCGGCCUGUGGCUGACCUCUGACCUCAGCCCUCAUUCUCCAGCUCCCCACCAUCCUUUCUCCCAACUUCCUCCCACUCUGAUUUUUUGGGGGUGUGUCCCAGAUGAUGCCAGCCUGAGGCACCAUCACUGGACCCUCUUGAGCCUCUGAGACAACAGCUCGGGGUCCCGCCAGUUGUGAACACAUAAAAGGAGUGACAAGCCUUCCUCGUCCUGGAUCUUGUGCAGAGGGUGAAGACUCAGAGAUGGGGAUGACGGGGAGGGGAGUGUCAAAACCACCAGCCACUCUUGGGGGUGCAUGGGCAGGGAUAGGAUGCGUAAUGCCGGCCAGAGACCACCAGACCCACCCCUCAGGGACCAGCAGGGAAACUGAGGCCUGGGAAUGGCU